UCGCUUGCUCAAAUCUCAUCUACCUAUACUGCCCUUCCUAUACGAGGUAGGAAGUUAGCAGAAUGAAUUCCUUAGCGUUGUUUGGAUUUACUUUGUGCUUAUGUGCUUUGAAUGUGGAAGCCAGAAUUUUUGGAAGAUGUGAAUUCGCUAGAAAGUUGGCUGAGCUAGGUGUGCCGAGAGAUCAAAUCCCGACCUGGACAUGUAUAGCCCAAAAGGAGUCAAAUUUCGAUACAGCCGCUCGUAAUUGGAAUUCUGGCGACCAUGGAAUCCUGCAGAUCAGUCAGAUAUACUGGUGCAGCGAGGGUGGAGGAGACGGUAAGGGUUGUAACACAGCUUGCUGGAAAUUCAGGGAUGCCGACAUAGUCAACGAUGUCAGAUGCGCACAGAAAGUCUAUAACGAACACACAAGACUCAGCGGUAACGGCUUCAACGCUUGGACAACAUACAAAUUCUGCAAGGGUGACAUGAGCCAUUGGGUGCAUGGUUGCUUCUAGGAAUUUUUUUAAUCUCCAUAAAUUGAAAUAGUUU